AUGUGGAUGUGUGGACUAUUCGAUCAUCUGCUGGAAACAAGUUUCGAUGAGUUCCAGUGGCCACCAUAUGGUGUUAAUAUUUUGGUUGAGACUCGCCGAGCACUUCGUGGUAAGCCUGAUAGAGUUUCAAGGGAAAACAAUGUUAAAUCAUUCCGCCAGAUCGCACUUCCCAAGUGCCAUACGCCUAACAAAUCACUGGAAUUGCUCGUAAUGGUAAAGUCGUCUACAGCCAAUGUAAAGCAGCGUGAUGCUAUACGCCGAACAUGGGGUGCUCGGAAUCGUUACGAUUCUGUCCAAACAGUAUUUGUUGUUGGUAAAACUGCUGAUGAUACCGUACAAAUGGAUGUGCAAAAGGAAAUCGAGAGGCACGGUGAUAUUCUUUAUAUCGAUUCGAUUGAUUCCUACAGAAAUAACACUCGAAAGUUUGUUCAUUCUAUACUCUUCGCUUUCAAACCAGGGAAUGGAUGUCCUUCACCAGAGUUCUUGUUCCUUGUGGACGACGACUAUAUGGUGAACAUAGGUGGAAUCCUUCGUCACUUAUCUGAGGAAAACCGGUAUUUUCACGUAAGUUUCCCUACGAACUACGAGUUCCUAGAUGAUCUUUUGAAAGCGGGUCUGCCGGGAUGA